UGAUCUUUUCUCAAGUUUUAUUAAUACGGAGUAAAUUUUUUGCCUGUAAAAAAAACCCCUAGGCAGGGAAGAGGGUGCGGGAGAGGGCGACAUAUAACCAGAGACACAAUUCAAACAAAGAUCGGAAUCGUUUAGCUUUUUUCAAUUUUUCCUCGCAGUGAGUUCUUGUGUUGGUUUGAAUUUUGCUGCUUGUUUAUUUUCUGAGAGAUAAUAACAGUAAUCAUCAUCAUCAUCUUCUUCUUCGCAAUCGUUUAGCUUAUUCAUCCUCGGUUUUAUAUAUAAAGAAAAGAUAAAGAAAAGAUGAACAACAACAGCACGAUAACUUUUCGCCAAACCCUCUUUCCAAAUCCACAACGGGGCCGAUGUAUCUGUUUUCGCACUGUUAAUUGGAAGGCGGGUGCAUAUGGGAUGGCGGGUGCAAAUGGGACUGUCAGUUUCUACUCAAUUCCAUUUGAUUUUUUUGGUGAUGGAGGAGACGACGACGACGACGUAGUUAACUCCUCAAAUCCAGAUGUAGAAGGUCUCUUGCCGUUUUACGAGGGCACUGAUUUCCCAAUAUCUUCCACACUUUCUUCCGUUGGGUCUUCUCUAUUUGUUGUCGGAGAUAGUAAGGAAUGUAUGCGCCCCAGCUUAACAACAUUCAAGAUUUACCAGUUCGAUACAACAGCACCUGCUGAUGGCUGGCGUGCUAUAAGCAUGCUUACCCCCAGAACAUCUCCUCAAACCGUAGUCAUGGAUGGGAAGCUUUAUGUCUUUUUUGGUGGUCCUUAUGCUCCAUUCGCUGAGAUGUUUGAUCCUUGCUCGAUAUCGUCCACUUCUGUGCCAUUGCCUCCACCCCCAGUUUGGCUGACCAAUGGUUGGUGGCACAUGGUAAUUGCGGCCCUUCAGCCCUCCAAGAAGAUUUUAGUGGCGUCAUCGGAUUUUGCCUUAGUGUACAACGUCGUGGAUCAUGUUUGGGAAGAUUUUGAUCAUGUAAUUGACUUCUCCGACGCACAAGUUCAAGGUCAAGCAGCUGUGGUUCGAAACAGUACCCUUUUGUGUUGGUGUACUAAAGACAGAGCGGAGGUUCAUGCCUAUGAUUUGGUUCUCAGAAGGUGGUUUCAAUCUCCUAUAAAUGGGUUGGACAGGCUAGGACCAGAUGAACCGAGCAUCUAUCUCCCGCUGUUCCCGCUUGAUGACAACCACCUCUGCUUCUUGUGGGAGAAGAUGGGUUACGAGGGUACUAUUUUGCCUCUCGUCCACUGUACCAAAAUUCAAGUUUCACUCUACAAGGGUGCUGGGGGUGAAUACAGACUUGAUGUUGUUGUUGUCGCCUCCCAAUCUUAUGUGCUGCAUGAACGAAAUGAAACUAUCCUCGAUGCCCAUGUUUUUCUUGGAGAGGAGGAUGAAGGUGGAGAGAAGGGCAGUGGACUGGGUUGUCAUGACCAUGGUGGAAGGACUUUGGAACGUUGCGGUUAUGCGGGCGGCGGCAGAAUUGCUAUAGGUAUUGCACCCUUCAAGAUGUGCUUUAAGUGCUGGCUUCCAGGACAUAUGGAAAAGGACUGCAAAGGUCAACCUUGUUCCAAGUGUCGGGAAUUUGGACAUAUGGGAAAGGACUGCAAAGGUAUACCUUGGUACGUUGGAGGUGGGCAGAAUGUUAGCAGCAGUGGCGGCCAACCCUCCUUAUUAAGAAGUGGGUGAAACAUGUUUCUUCGCGUUGUAACUAAGUAUUGCUGUCUCUGCUUAGUUUUGUUAGUAGGUGAACCUGCGUGAUGGUACUUUGGUUUUUGAGGAUUGCUAUAUAAGGUCUCCUCUCUGGUAGGGUUCGGCAUUGAAUGUUUCUGAACGUCUUAUGGAAACCCCUUUUUUGCUUUGAUUUAA